GUGGCCAUGGCGUCCCCGGCCAUCGGGCAGCGCCGGUACCCGCUGCUCUUGGACCCGGAGCCGCCGCGGUAUCUGCAGAGCCUGAGCGGCCCCGAGGCCCCGCCGCCGCCCCCGGCCCGGCCCCCGCGCCGCUGCUGCCCCGCGCCCCUCUCCGCGGCACACGAGGGGCGCGGCGCGCGGAGGGCCGGCCGCGGGGACCCCGAGCCCCCGCCGCGGGCCUCCCGACCUGCGCGUCCUCUCCGGCCUGGUCUGCAGCCGAGACUGCGGCGACGGCCUGGGGCGCCCCGGCCCCGCGACGUGCGGAGCAUCUUCGAGCAGCCGCAGGAUCCCCGCGUCCCGGCGGAGCGCGGCGAGGGCCAUCGCUUCAGCGAGCUGGCGCUGCCCGGCGGGCGCGGCUGGUGCGACCUGUGCGGACGCGAGGUGCUGCGGCAGGCGCUGCGCUGUGCCCACUGUAAAUUCACCUGCCACCCGGAGUGCUGCCAUCUGAUCCAGCUGGACUGCAGUCAGCAGGGAGGCGUCUCCCGGGACAGACUUUCCCCAGAAAGCACCCUCACUUCACCCUCGGGCCAGGAUGUGUGCAAGCCAGCCGAGGAGGUGCGGCGGCCACCCACGCUCCAGGAGAUCAGGCAGAAGAUCGAGAGCUACAAUAGCCUGGAGAAGAACUGCCUGGGCAUGAAGCUGAGCGAAGACGGCACCUACACGGGCUUCAUCAAAGUGCACCUGAAGCUUCGGCGGCCGGUGACGGUGCCUGCGGGGAUCAGGCCCCAGUCCAUCUACGACGCCAUCAAGGAGGUGAACCUAGCGGCCACCACGGACAAGCGGACGUCCUUCUACCUGCCACUGGAUGCCAUCAAGCAGCUGCACAUCAGCAGCACCACCACGGUCAGCGAGGUCAUCCAGGGGCUUCUCAAGAAGUUCAUGGUCGUGGACAAUCCCCAGAAGUUUGCGCUCUUCAAGCGGACACACAAGGACGGGCAAGUCCUCUUUCAGAAGCUGUCCAUUGCUGACUGCCCCCUGUACCUGCGCCUACUCGCCGGGCCCGACACGGAUGUCCUCAGCUUUGUGCUAAAGGAGAAUGAAACUGGAGAGGUGGAGUGGGAUGCCUUCUCCAUCCCCGAGCUCCAGAACUUCCUAACAAUCCUGGAAAAAGAAGAACAGGACAAAAUCCAGCAAGUGCAGAAGAAGUACGACAAGUUUAGGCAGAAACUGGAGGAGGCCUUAAGAGGAUGCCAGGGCAAACCCGGCUAACCAGUCCUGCUUCCUCCUCCCUGGUGCCCAUGGAUUUAUUUUUAUUUUAUUAUUUUGCAAUAGACACUUUUUCUCAGGACACCGCUGGUGGUGCGUGUGCCUGCCCUGCAGCUCCAAUGUGGCAUAGACUCCCGGUGGGCACGUGGGCGCCACCCGCCGCCUAGGCCAAGGGGCGGCCUCUGUGAGAGCGCCAUGCCCCUGCACCACCCACAAGGCUCCCACCAGCUGGAACCAUCACCCCAGUCGGCAAAGGAAAGGAGGAAGGUCUCAGACCUACGUGUUCUUUUGCUGGCUUCGUCUUCCUCAGUUUUUCUUAUUUGCCACCAUCAUUUCUUUAUUUAUGAGUUGAAGGUGUCGGAUCCUCCUUCCGCAGGUCUGAGCUAACCCCAGAAAGCAGGAUCAUGCUCCCUCACUGUCUGAAAGGGGGCUCAUGAUGCCACUGGCCCUGGCUGCUCCAGCGAGUAGCACCAAAGCGGGGGUCACCUGACCUGUGGAGGAGCCGCCAUCUGCCCUGGCCCUGGUCACCCAAGUCUGCUGAUGUGGAAACCCAAAGGGGUUAUGUUUCUGCCCUUGAGUGUCCUUAGCCACAUCUUCAUCACCAAUGGUCUCUUUUUGUUGCAAGUUUGCAUUUAAUAUUGCCAUCGUCCUCAGUGUUUCCCACAAAAGGAAACCAGCCAUCUAUCAUUUACACAGUCUCUUCUGUGGAAAUCAGCUACAGAAAGCCAAAAAGCUUGGAGCUAUGUCCGAGCUGUCUCCAUCUCCCCCUCCUCCCCACCCUUGCUGGAAAGCAUGGGAGGGCCUGGCUGCCUCGGUUUCCCCACGGCCUCCAGCACUGCCUCUCUCCUCCCAGUGAGACUCUGGACUCUGCAGGUUGUAGGGAAGGCUGCCUCCCCCUCGCCACCAUGGAGUCUUCUGCUCAGAAGCCUGGCCAGCCCCUGGCACUGUGCUCGGUGCGCCCGUGGGCCUGGCCGCCCGCUGACCUCAGUGCCUUUUUGUUUGCAGAAGGAGACAGGAGCAGCGUGUGUGUGUGUGCGCUUGAGGCUCUGCUGCUGGCUUGCUCCUGUCGGGAAGUGGACAACAGCGGAGUGGGGGACAAGGCCAGGAGAGCCCUACCUCCAGUACGGGGCAAGGGGCACAGGCCUCUUCCCCACCUGAGGCCCUGGACUUGGACUUCUAAUAAGUAAUAGCAAACCGCAUUGACUGGGAAGAGCGGAUUCCCAAUUAUUUGUCCUGGCUCCUUGUUUAGAUUCAAGCUGGAACUAGCCAAACCAUCCAGGCUGGGGGCUGGGCUGCGGGCUCUGAUGCAGAGGGCCGGGACUUCUCACUUUCAAAGCAAGGCCAGUUUUCCCAUUUAGCCCUGACGCCAUUUCUUUGCUGUCCUCUGCCUUCCCAAGUCCCUCUUGGAGCAGGUCAAGCCCGAGCUGCUUCGUGUAGCCUCUAAAGUUCCCUCCCUGACCCUUGCCAAGUCCACAUCGCCUUGGAUCCCAGAAGGAAUGCUGACCCCAUUCAUACAAACUGUGUGUCGUCCUCAGAGCUGCAAAAGUGAGAGAAGCUAGCAGCCUUAAAAGACUUCUAAAAAUCUUUUAAAACCACAGAAACCCUAGUUACCUGCCAUCUCAUACUCAGCCUUAUCACUUCCCUUCCUUGAAAGCUCUCUCUCCCUGAAGGUUAUGACAGGGAGGGCAGAGACGACUUUCCCUCCACGCCGCAUGAGUAGAAGGCACGGCUCUACUGCCACGCUGUGAAUGCUGCUGAGAACCUCCCUCUAGCGGGGAUGGCUAUUUUAUUUUUAAGAAGGAAAAUCUAAGUCAUGUACAUAUAUACAUAAAGGCAUAUCUCUCUAUGUAAAGAGGUGUUUAUGAAUUGAGAAAAUGAUGGGAAAAUUCAGACUUCAUCUCAAGCACAGUUAGACCCAGGCCCCACCUGAGGUCUGAGUCUCCAAGGAAAGUACGUCAAGUUCGCUGCGCCACCCUGGGUGGGUGCAAUGCUGGCAGUGCCUUCUAUCAUUGUGUCGCUCAGUGUCCCAGUGAGUGUUUUGAGGUAUUUUCUUUUAAAUAUGUUUCUUAUCUCGGUUUUGAAAAAAGUAAUAAAAGCUUGUUGCAA